AUGUUGCAAAAUAGCGGCAAGCAGGAGUCCAAGAUGGAAGAUGCAAGGAACUUUCCUGACGGAAACAAUGGCGGUGGUUCAAUUUCUCUUAAGGCCGUGCAGAAGCUACUGCAGCCUCGCCCUCAUCGGAUGCCGAAGUGCGCUCGUUGCCGCAAUCAUGGUGUCCUGUCGGCGCUCAAGGGUCACAAACGUUAUUGCCGCUGGAAGGACUGUGUCUGCAUCAAAUGCUACCUGAUAGCGGAACGACAACGAGUUAUGGCUGCUCAGGUGGCACUGAGGAGGCAGCAAACCCAGGAGGAGAAGGACAAGGAAAGGCUGAAGCUACUGUAUCAAAGCAAUGAUGAUUUCGUUUCAAAAUGCGAAGACACUACCGAUGGUAUCAAAACGAAUCGCCCAACGGUCAUCGAAGUACAAGAGAGAGGCUUCAGAAGUACAGUGGUUGAUGGCGGUGCCCAAAGAUUGGUGAUGACGGCAGGAUUCCAUGAGCCGUUGCUGGCGUCGCCGACUGCAUGGUACCCGCUCCCGUUCCCGCUACCGUUUCCGUCGUACGGCAUGCAGCGUCUGCAAAAGGCAACACAUGACGACCAUAGUGUUGCUCCUCAGUUUUGCUUACCUCCAAGGUUCGUUCCGUCGAUCCUCUAUCCGGCGAGUCAAAUCAUGGCCAUACCAGGCACCUGCACUUUGCCUCGAGUUCCCAGAGAUAACCUAUGA